UUUUCCUUGUAGCCUUUAUGCUUUGCAUCUUGCAUCGAGUUUUAACUUUAACCAUUCAUCGUGGCAAAACUCAUGGUGAAGAGUGGCUGGCCUCUUGCGUUUUGCAGCCACGAAUUCUGCCAUCUUUCUUUCCCUUAUUUAUUGCGCAAUCUUGAGACAUUCUCAGCCUUGGACUAUUUUAUUCUUCCGACCUAGACCACCACUAAUUACUGGCUUACUGGACGAUGGAAUCGCGCUGUCUACAAAAUGCUUCCAAUGAUAAGGAGGCUUUUCCGCACCAGCGCGAACGACGAUGACGCUAAAAAUAACGUCGCAAUAACAUCAGACGCGCAACGCGACAGGCGCGCCAUUCAUGAAUCCAUAUUCAAGAGUGGUCUCCUCCCGCCCGGGGUGCCUCCUCCGAAGCAGGAGAGGCGUCGCAUUGACGGGUACGGGCAAGCCAGCGAAAACAUUAUCACCAACGUGUUCGUCCCAAUCCUGGCCGCUCCUGGGGUCGGCGUACGGUCGUUUGUGAAUAAGUCUCGAUACGGCCAUAUGGAUUGGGGAAUUCUCUCGGCCGAGUUUGCUGUUGGCCCCCCGGAAUAUCUUUGCGACGGGAAUGUUUAUUCCAUCGGUUUAGCCAAGCUGCCGCUGCCUCAUUUGCUCAAGAGCGGCUUCGCGGUCGAUUCCCAGCACAUGGGCGUGGUUCUUGCGUUCGCGCUCGAUGACGCGUCCUCUCUCGAUGAGGCCAAGGAGCUGUACAGGCGGCUUACUCAAUCUUUCAAAUUGAAGUCACCUGGGAAAUCGCCUCUCCCUUUCCCCGCAAUGCUGCUUGGGAUGAAGUCGGAUCUUGAUUCGGCAGAAUCACUUGGCGGAUAUUCGAGUGACCGAGUUUCUACGCAUUUGAAAUCGACAAAUGCGCACCCCGAGACUCAAGAAGCAUCCCCAGAAGCCGACAGCCUAUUCCCAGAUACGGACCAAGGACCAAAAGCUUUAGCAAAAGAAUUCGCAAAGCAAAAUGGGCUUAUUUACGAAGAAUGCUCAGCCAAGACCGGGUACGGAAUGUUGACGGCAACUGCUGCGCUGGUGCAGGAAAUUGAGGCGAUGGCGAAGGCGGACCCAAACCCCGAGGACACAUUGGAAGCCAUGCGCGAUGUAUGGAUCCCGACUGUUUCGAAGAUCAUGGACCACCGAGAGGCCAAAAAUUUGGCCUUGCCAGACCGCGCAGUAUUGUCUCCGAGGAACACCUAAGGUGCUGGCAGCUGGCAGCGUUGGAUACACUGAACAUAGCCGCAGGAGCUGCCUUGGGUAGGUCUCUAUUAUUCUGGGAAGUUUGCAUGAGAUUGGGGUUUCUUUACGCAGGGCAGGAUACCACAGGACUGGCGGGGGCUUUAUAAGUAUUUAUUAAUUGUCAUUCAUGUACGUCUGAGCAUAAGGUACGGUAAUCAUCAUGGGUGGAAGUGUGGAUUCGUGGUAGGCUGAUAGUUAGGCCCGGGACUUGGAUAGGAUAAUGAAUCAGCAUUGCCUGGGCACCAAGAUUGUGACGAAAAUACCCGGAAACAAAGCAAGCACAUUUCGAACAUUAAAGCAAAAAAUAGACAUCUGUGGGAUGGUUGGUAUAAGGCC